GUAAACAGUCGGAAAGAAGGGCGUGGGUGGCGCCACCCCGCGGCGCGUCUUAGCCGGCGCUGAAGAAGCUGUUUGUGUAUUCUGGGGCAGCGAAGAUCGUCCAUGGCGUUGGAUUCAAAAGUGGAUUAGCUGCCCGAAAGCCCAGCGUGUAAUCCGGAAGAACGCGACAGGAUACCGGCGCUCACUCGCGUUCUCGCAGCCGAGCGGCACUCGACCUCACCUACGCGACGUUCAGGUAGCGUCGCGGCUGCACAUGCUGAUCGGCUGACUGGCCCAGGAGCGCGCGCUCGCUUGAAAGACAGCCAGGGGAGGAGAGAGCGGUCGACAUGCCCCGCAAGGCUCGGACGCCGGCCGCCAAGGCGCAGGACGCCGCCGAAGUGGCCACCGAAGACGGCAAGCAGGAAGACUCGCCCACCGUCACCACCGGAGGUCCCCGCCGGUCGGCGCGGAGCGGGGCGCGCCCGGACUACGCCGGUCGUUCCAGGCGCAGCUCUACCGCGGCCCAGACAGCGGCCUCCAAGGCGGACCGGGGCUCCUCGGCCGACAGGGCGUCCCCCGUGGAGUCGCCGGCCACCCGGGUCAAGAGCGCCAGGCGCACCUCCGGCCAGGUGAACUAUGAGGAAAGCGAUGGCGAGGAGGAGGCAGUGGUGGCCAGCAAGGACGAGGACGAGUACACGGUGGACGACGAAUCGGAGGUCGAGUCCAACUCCGGGGACAACAAGCGGAAGGGCGCCCGGGUGGCGGCCGCCGCCGCGAGCACGGGAGGGGGCCGCUCCCAGAGGGCCCCCGUACGCAGCCCCACCAAGGCGGGGGCCGCCAGAAGCUCCAGGGGCAGGAGGGGCAAAGCACGCACCUCCCAGGAGGACGAGGAGGAGGAAGAGGUGAUUCCCGCCAAGCGCCAGGGAGCCCGGAGCGCCAGGGGGGAGAGGGCCGCCCCUGCACCGGCGCCUGCGCCAACCCCCAGCAGGAGGGGUGCCGGCCGGUCCAGAGCCGCAGCCGCCACGCCGGCAGCCGAGCCGGCACGCCCCAAGAGGGCCGCCCGCUCUGCUCGUGGCCGGAAGGCCAAGGAGGAAAAGGAGGAGGAGGAGCCCGUGGAGGAAGAGGAGCCCAUGGAGGACGGAGAGGAGGGGGGCACCGGGAAGAGGAAGCUGACUGACGAGGGAGAAGAGAGUGGCACCCCGGAAGCCAAGAAGGCCAAAGUGGAGGAGAAGGAGGGGGAGAAGGGAGAGGAAUCCAUGGACACUGCGGAGGCGGAGGAGCAGGCGGAGGAGAAGGAGCAGGCGGAGAAGAAGGAGAAGGAGGAGCCCAAGGUGAAGGAAGAACCGAAGAAGAAGGAGGAGCCCAAGAAGAAAGAGGAGGAGAAGGAGACGAAAGAGGGGGAGAAGAGAAAGGAAGAAGCGCGAGCCGACGAGGCUGAGAAGGCGAAGCCUCCUGCUGAACCCCCCGUGGAGCCUCCCAAGGCCGCCGAGCCCGGCCCGGUCUUGCCCGCCGUGGAAAAGAGUGCAGAGCCGGACGCUGCCCCCUCCGCAACCAACAAUUCCACGACCACCGAAAAGCCCACGGAGCCACCGGCCAAAGCCGAAGCCGUAGUCCCCGAACCGACUCCGGCCAGACCUACGCCUCCUCCUCCGGCGGAAGACAAAGCGCCCGCCGCCGAGAGUCUGGAGAAGGCCGGGGCAACGGUGGUGAACGGGACGGAAGCCAAGCCGGCGGCGCCUCCUUCCACCGUCGCCCCGGUGGUGGUGCCCCCCGCAGCCCCCGUGGUCGCCGCCCCGCAGCAGGCAGCCCCCAAGGAGAACGGGGACGUGGGGUCCGGGGACAAGGGCCCCCUCCCGGAGGAGGACAACCGCGGCUUCCGGGUGGCCUGGCUGGACCUGGCGCAGCGAGGCGGAGGCUCUGACACGGAGGCACUGCUGACACAGGUGUUUGCCCUGGACGCGGACGUGGUGGGGCUGCAGGGUCUGGGGGGCCCCUCGUCGCCCGGCUGGGGCGGCCCCCUCCAGGCGGGGCUGGAGUCCCUGGGCUACCAGUGCCUGCGGGGGGGCUCCGGGGACUGCCCCCUGGCCCUGCUGGUGCGCAGGAGCGCAUUCACGGUGCAGGACCACUCCUGCGUCUCGCUCCAGGCCCUGGUCAACAAGGACCUGGAGGCGUCGUCCCUGGACGAAGGGGACCGGAGUGCAGUGCAGGCCCACCUGGGUUCCUCGGCAGAGGGCCAGCUGCUCACAGCACGCCUGAGUCCCAGCCGCCCCGCGGGGGGCCCGCGCAGCCUCCUGGUGGCCAACGCCUGCCUGGCACCUGCCCCGCCCGGCGCAAACGCCCUGCAGGUUUGCUGCCUGGCCCGGGAACUGUGCCGGGAGCAGUGCCAGGGCCGGGUGCUGCUGGGGCGCCUGCAGCUGGCCGCGGGGAGCCCCGCCUACCAGCUGCUCAGGGACGGCUACCUGGACGACGACAUGAUCGAGGAGCUCCAGCGGCACUGCGACGUGCCCCGCCCGGGCAAAGAGAAUGCGGCACUCGUAAACCUGUUGUGGAAGGCCUUCCAGCACCCUUCUUCAAGUUUACGAAGCUGCUACGCCGCUACAAAGGGCAGCGAGCUCCCUGGCGGCGCCUCGUCCUCGGCCUGGUUCAGCUCGGAGAGCCUGCGCGUGCUGGAGGCCCCCGCGGCGCAGGACACGGAGCAAGCGUGUGCCGUGCGGCUGGCCUUCUGCCCCCAGUGACGGGCCCCCUCCUCCAAUCGCACACGGAGCGCAGACCCUUCGACGGGAGCCCGUUCUCGAGAAGCCAUCCCGUUGCCAGAAAAAGGGCGGACGGGCCAUUUUCCUCCCUCCCUCGUCCCGUUUGGUCAUUUUGUCUUUUUUAUAUAAUCGAUCAUCACUCGCACCCGAAAUCACCGGCGCUCCGCGCUGUCUCCACGGAGUGUCUUCUUGUGUGGCAGAGCUAGCUCUCUUUCUUUUGUCUGGUUUAUAUAUAUAGUAUACAUAUGGAUGUCGACAGUGCAGAGUUGGCGCGCUCUCGUCGUCCCUUAGGGCGGUCGCAGAUUGGCGUUUGGUUUCGUCGUUGGCGAGCGGCAAACAAGUGCCCCUGGUGAAUGUCUUACGCCCUUGCAGUGCGACGAGGAAAGUCGCACGCCAGUAGUUUCACCUUUCACAGCGGCGGUAGCUUCGGCUGUCCCACUUGGUAGCGAGAAAGUCGAGAUUACGCGGCAGUCGGAGAGGGCGACGCCGUAAGAGGGCAGCCUUUUCGAACGGGCGUUUGUGGGGAGGACGUGUCAGUUCUUCGACGUCGGAAGCAGCCUCUUCGCACUUGAAAAGGGCAAAAUGUUUUUGGUGCUGGUGGAGGGCUCGAAAACGGCGGUGCAGUCGAAGUUUCGCCGCGGGGUCGCCCGUGGCUGGUAUCGCCCCGAAGGAUCCCAGUCCGAAUGGGUCGGGAAAAGCGUAUAAUUGAAUGGAGUCCUUAGCUCGGAUGUGUCACGAAAAUGGUACUCUCCGGAUUCGUGGAUCGAUUGAACAUGGCUUAUGUAUAUAGGCAUGACUUAGCACUGCGCUAGCUCUGUUUUAAAAGAAGAAUUUUUAAGAGGUAUAGUUCCUGUCCUUUUUGUGGAAACGAGAAAAACAUUUUGUUUUCUUCAAAAUUGGAUUUUAGCUGUUUAUUUUUAUCCAGUUUGUUCCGCUGGUGUCGUCUUAACCGGAUGGCUACCCUUAGUACCCCGGUUCAAUGCCCUCCGUCGCCUGGAAUUGGUUAAAAACGUGGGGUUUGCAAUGUUUCAUCAAGUAAAAGACGCACGGAAAAGGCUAAGGUGCACCCGUUAUUCUGCACGUAUCUAGCACGGCAGGGCAGAGGACGCUCCGACCUAAAGCCUGGAGUUAUUUUUCACUGCAGCUUGAAAUCGACCAUAGUCUGUUGCUUGCAAUAUCGCGGCAAAAGGCGACUGCAUUCUUCGUGUUCUGACGUGGCCGAAGGACAUACUUUGAAAACAACACUGGGCAUUGAAUGGGAGUAUUAAGGUUGCAUAUGUAACAUCUGGUUCCACACAGAGUUCGUUCCUUUGCCAUGCAUUCAUUGUGCCGUCAUUUCUCGCGUCGGGGCUGAGCGCCAGAAACCUCGAGCGGCGUUCUUUAAGGAGAGCUCCGGCAAAAUUUUGACGGUCGCCGAUCUACCUUAAAGUUUGUUUAACACAUUAAUAGACACAUUUGAUUUAGUAGCCCAAGUCUCAAGUUGCAAUAAUUUUCCAGGAAGGUGUUGAAGUUCUUUGAUCCGGGAAGCUCUAUUGGCCGCACUGAAAUCGUGACAUCAGGUGUAAUAUGGGGCAAAAUGCGGGCAGUAUAGCUUGUUCUCCUAUUGGUGCGAGAAGUCUUAGGGGUGGAAAUAAUGCCGGUUAAGCUCAUGCGUGCAAGAUGGAAAAAGAAAUACAUAAAAUACUGAGUGUUUUAGAUUGCCUACUUGACUCACAAGUUACGCAGUGUGACGUUGCCCCGAUGGAGAGGGCAAGAAAAUUUCAAUGUAUGUUUCGGCGUCCCCUCGACUUGACCUUUUCUCGAUAGCUAUUUUUUGAAUGUAGAGAUGGUAGUGUGCAGGAAAGAGUAGGUAAAGCCUGAGUAUGUUGACAGUGUGUUUAGAUUGGGUAGCUAAAACAAAAACAAAAAUGCCGGAGCUCCCCUUUAAUUAAUUGCUGACACGCGGUGCCAUCGUCGCCCUAGGAAUGCAGCCGGGAUGGCACGUUUCCUCGUGUGCAAACUUGCAAAGAAAUCAAAAUGUACCCCAAUCAAGAAGAAAAAAAAAGAAAGUAUCUUAUUCAUUAUUUGUUCUAGUCAGCUUCAGUGCAACAGGCCGGUUUCAUUCCGAUUCGCCCGUCAGAUGUGGCAUAGAGACCCCGCUUAGGCCAAAACACGUACAAAUCAUAGAGAAUGCUCUUCUAUUAUUUUUUUUUUCGCAGAAAAAACAAUCUUAUACGCACGUGUCGACGCUGAUUUGGAGACGGGAUGCUAGGUUCUGCAAUAAGGUCCCACCCUCCGAGUUGCUUCAAAUUUUCAUCGUUAUUGCGUUCCUCUUAAUGUCGGGACUGCCGUGAACGACCGAGGGACCAUCUGCAGUGACAGGCUAAGAGAAUUGUGUAUAAGGAGUACAAAAUGCAACUUAAAGGAGCGCUGCAACGAUUUUUUGCUGUUUCUUUAUUUACACCGAACCUGAGCGCUCUGAACAUAGUAACUUAGUGGACUUUUCCUUUUCUCGAAAUUCGCUUUAUUUUAAAAGUUAUGGGCAUAUUAAAAUUACAAAAGCAAGAAAAAAUAACCUCCAUGACGUGCUUGGACCUCUGUGCCCCCUUUUUCCGCACCCGCAGACCGUUGUGACCGAGGAAUGUGGGGAGGGAGGGGAAGACUCGGAAAGGAUGUGAGGUUGAGGAGAGAGAGCUGCCUGGGGACACGGCAGCUCUUUCCUCAGAGGACCAAAAACGUCACGAUUUCGUUGCACACCGCGCGCGUAGGACACCAUUGAGAGCCCCCGGAGGAGGAGGAGGUUUCUGCAUCGUCUGGUUAAAAUAUGACUCACUGAUAUUUAGUUACUCUCUCCGUGCCCGCUGGAUUGCCCGAACCACAAGAGACGUUUAAACCGCGAAAAAGGUAGAUGCUUAAAUAUGAUUGCAGGGUCCCUUUAAAAAAGCUAAAGAGUUUAAUUACAACAAGUGUUUUCAUGGUUUAGCAGUUACUGGUGUUUGCUAUAAGCUAAAAUGGCUUAUUUUGGGCACGAAUUGGCUUUAGUCCAAAGGUACCCCACCCCGUCUCUCAGUCGGAACGUGUGACGAGGCACUCCCACAGUCGAUGCAGUUGCUGCCUCGGUGGCAAUUCAAUUCCUAGAGGGCAAAAUCUUGUUACACAGGACCAGAAGUUUCUUCUUCGCAUUGGUUCUUUUCAGAAGCUACCUUUUCCGCAUCUGGCUCAUUAUUUCAGUAACGCCCCGAUUAGUACCCCGAAUCGCCCGCCCAAAACGGGAGGAUAAGACAAAGCAGACACUGGGGGCGUCCAACAAUGCGAGUGGCAAACAGUAAUGGAGGUUGUAAUUCAGCUCACAAGGACCUUUUUCCAAACUCAUCCAUUUCAUUCACCAAGUACAAACGAAGAAGAAAAAGAGCGCCGCUCCCGUAGACGAAAGGUGUCGCGCGACGAUGCGUCGGUAUUGCCGCCAGCCACCGCGGCCGUCGUUUUAACGCCCCUUUCCCUCCGUCGGCUUUUAUACUGUAGCGCAUCCGCGCGGAUCCGUGGUAACCCUCGUGGUGAUCCGCCGUCCCGGUGUAAGGGGGGCGGUUGUCGGGGGGGAGUCGCUUUGGGCACGGCAUUCCUUGUAAAUGUACCAUCGGCAGUUUCUUUGUUUUUUUGUUUCAAGACGCUCGUCUUGAGGCUAACCUUUGCAGAGAUACCCUCGUGUGUCGUGACGUGUAGAUAAGCCCGCUUCUCAGCGCACUGCGUUGCCGACUUUCUCCCGGUUCGGAAGGUGCAACCAUCCCGGACGCGGCGUGGCCACGAGCCGAGGAAAUUUGUAUCGUCCGCGUUUCACCUUUGUGUGUGUGUUUGCGCGCGCUCUCUGCCGAGGAGUUGUACCGCUUAUAUCGAAUAAAUGUCGCAAUUGUAUACA